AUGAAUCACUCUAUCUCGCACAUUUUUGAAGACAAAUAUCAAAAAAGUAAAAAGUUCAAUCUCGAUGAUAUCCCAACUAAAGAGAAUAGCUACAAAACUUCACCGCUAAAAGAGUAUGACUUAGGUCUAGACUAAGGCUCUAAGCUUUUGAAUUUCAAAGAAUUCUACCAAAAUUCAAAGCUUAAUCUCCCCAGCACUAAAAGCUCUAAAUCAACCGGUAUGGUAUUCACCAGAUCAAAAUCAUCAUUUGACAAAGAUCGGGGAAGUCUGUUGGGAGUAGGCACUAAGAACAGGCUAAAAGAGAAACUUCUUGACAUUAAACCUCUAAUAAACUAUAAUAUUAAUGAAUAUUUGCCAAGAGAUAAUCUUAAAAAUUCAAGGCAUUCCCUCAAUACUAGCAAUCUAUUAGCAAAUUCAAUAAUCAAUGUAAACAGCAUUAAUCACAGUAUUCCUAUAAAUAAUAAUUUGAUUUAAAGCCAAAUUACUACAAAGAAUGUUUUUUAAAGCAAUGGACUUCAAUAGCAAGUGAAUCUAAGUCCCAAUCCGAUAUUUUAAAGCCAUUAAUAAUAGAAUCAACCAUGCAUGUAGUGCUAGUGUGGAAGUGGUAGUGGUAUUUUGAGCAAUGUGAGCAGUGCUAAUUAGUUUUAGAGAUAAUUUUCUUAAUAGUAAAUGAUGCAAACUUAGAGAAGCAACUGCAGCUGCUAAUAUAGUCAAUCUAGCGCUUGCCAUAGUUCCUAUGCCUCUCCUAUUAGUAGCUAAUCGAAGAAUCACUUUCAUCACAAUCAUACUAAUUCGAGACAAAACUUUAAUCAAAUUAACAACUAGAACAUAAAUCUACAAAAUCUUAAUCCCAUGUCUUAACUGCCUUAGACAAUUAAGAACAAUUACUUAGGUAAUUAAAACAAUGGAUUUCAAGGGGCAAAUACCUAAUUGUAAUUUCUUAAGCAAAAUUUGAACAUGACAUCUUCCAAUGAAAACACACCUUUUAAAAAUAAUCUGAAUAUCUUGAAUUAACAGUAGUAAAAUUACAACUAGCAUCAAAUAAUGCUAAACUAAAUUCCAUCACUCAAUAUCAAUAAAAGUCCAGGAUAAAAUAAGGAAAAUAGCUUUGCUAUGCAAAAUAAAAGCAGCCAUAAUAUCUCUGCCUCAUUCCUUAAAACUAAUGAGAAGACUUCAUAAAAUGUCGGAGGAGGAGGAUACAAUACUGAUGAUUUGCUAAGAGAUAGUGAAAGUGAAGUAGAGGUUGGUAAUAAUAUCCAGGAUGCUCAUUAAAAUUUCCUAUAAGGGUUUUAAAACUACCUUAAAAUAUCUUAGCCUCAAAAUGCAGAUUAGGAUAGAGCAUAAAAGGAACUGCUAGCUAUGCAAAUCAUUUAGGGUAAUUUGAAUUUCACUCCAUAAUAAUAAAUAUUCCAAAAUCUCACAGGCAGAGGUUAAAACACUAACUUUAGCAGUAAUCUGAAUGAAUCAUAACUUAAAACAGUAAAGCAAAGUUAAAUUAAUCCUGGAGGACUCACUCUGGAUGCUUUGUAAAUAUCAAAUAUUAAUUAAACUUCUCCUAUGAGGACACCAUAGAGUUAAUUUGAUAUAAACCUUGCCAGUUAAUUUGAAACAAAUAUCAAUCUUUAUCAUAAUUAAGAAGCUAGCAAUCAAAAUAAUUAACAUGCCAAAUUCAAUAAUAAUUUAAGCAACAAUAACAAUGUACUUCAUUCUUUGAAUCCAUAACGACAUCCAUAAUAAUUUAACUAGAUGAAUUAAAUGCAAUAGCAGCAAUACAAUUUAAACAAUUAAUAACAGUAAUUUCAGUAGUAAGUGCAUUAGCAAAACUAGCUUUUGCCUGUAAACCAUCUAUAGAUCCUUUAAUAAUAGUACUAGUCACCUUGCUUUAAUUCUUUUGAAGACUCAAGUCUGAAUAUGUUCGGGAGUAACCCCCAAGCAAACAAAAGUUAAUAAACUUAAAUCUAAGGAUAGUAACUUGUAAAAUAGAAUUCAUUAAGCUAAAAAACUGUUAAUGAACAAUUAACAGGUUAAAAUAAGUUAUUUAACUACUAGCUUUAGUCCUAAAAUGAAGCUUAAAAUUAUGAAUUAAAUCAGUAAUAGAUGCAGGACAACUUCAACUUAAUAAAUCAAAGUUACUAGACAAAUUAGAAUGACAACUUUGAGCAAAUUUAACUAACUAAUGCAAUAAAUAUGAACUAUUUAUCUGUUUAGUAACAAUAGCAGCAACAAAACAAUCAGGUAAAGUACAAGCAAUAGAAAAAUAAAGAUAAACCUAAGAGGAAGAAAUCCUUGAAUAAAAAGCUGCUGAAAAAGACUUAUGAUGAGGAGGAUUACUCUCACAGAAAAUAGUAGAGCAGCUUAAUUUCCGAAGACGAAUCCUUUGAUGAAAGUGAUAGAGGUGAAAGUUCAGCAGUAUCUGUAAACAACUCACUAAAGUAUGCGAGUUUAAUGGAUGGCAAUCAAAGAUCAAAUAUGAAUAUUAUAGAAUAGUAAAAAUCUGAUCACAAAAAUGAUCAAUCAUUAAUAAGAGUUCUUAAAGAAAUGAAUAUUCAAGCAUAAGAUAUUGACAUGAAUUAGUAGAUGCAAAUGAACUCAUAUCUUCAAUAAGAUGGUGAUAGUUUCAUGGAUAAAAGUGAUUUAUAAGUGCAAUCAGAGAAAUAAAAGCAAGAUGCCUCUUGUUAAUAUGAACCUUUAAGUUAAAAUCCUAACUAAUAAAACCAAAGGAAGCAACAGUUACUACCACCAUAAUAAAAAAGAGCUGCCUCUCAGAAUAAGUUUUAAUAACCCUAAGUAAUUCCUAUAAAAUCAGUAGGAUGUUCAAUGCCUUCAUCUAAAAAUUCAACAAUGAAUAAUAACGGUACUCAUCAUCAUUUUUAGAGUCAUAAUCCAUCACAGGACUUGGAAGACUACUAAUUUCACAUUGACGAUGAAAGCAUAUAGCACUAAUAGCUUUCAAUAGGUGGUGGUAAUUCUUGUGGUACAACUAGUAAUGGAAAAAUAAACAUUUUAACUUAGCAAAACAUCAAUUAAGCCAAUCAUUUCUCUUAGCCAAGCAUACUCUCACCAUAUACUCCUAAUGCUAAUCACUAUAAUAACUUUGAUCAUUUCAAAAGUCAUUGUUCUGAAGUUAUUAUUAGAGGUAGUUCUGAAACAGAUAUUUCAAACAAGAUAGCAGCAAUGAAGCUUAUGAAGGGUAAUAAUGACUCUACAUCAUAGCAUUUCUAAUCUUAAAAUAUGAACUAGCAAAACACUUCACAUUAGAUUUCUGGUAGUUAAUCUAUUGUAAACAUUGGCCCUCAUACCAGAUCAUAAUUUACUUCGAUUGAAACUCAUAAUCAAAGUCCCACUAAAAACACAAAGAAAAGAAUUUAAGAGUUGUUUGAAAAUAAUGUCAGUAAAAUCAUACAUUCAAGAAAUGAUUUGCAAACUGAGAGUAGUUAUGAAGCAAAUGACAGAUUCAAUGAAAAUAUGUAGUUGCUAGCUGGUGAUACCUUUAUGAAAAAUCAGAAAAUGAUAAUGGAGGGUAAGGACUCGCAUCAGAGAUAUAAGAUGGAGCCUAAUAGGUAUUAAACUAAGUAAGAUGUGGAGAUUUAUCAUGUAGAUGAGUAUAAAACUCUAGAGACUCAAGAAAAUUAGAAGUAUGAUGAGUAUUAAACUCAGUAAACAACAGAAGCAGCUUAAUUACCUGAGGAUAAUUUCAAUUCUACAAUAAGAUUAAAUGAUAUCCCAACAAUGAAUUCUGCUUAAAAAUCUCCAGCAAUAAAUGUGCAAAGACCUCCAAUGUAUCAAAAUCACAAUCCAAUACAUUUUAAUCCCACGUUUCAGCAAAAUACUUCGUCCUCUUAUCAAAAUCCCUAUCUUAACAAUACAGGCUCAACUGCUGGAUUCCCUUAAGUUCAAGGUUACUAGUUUUCUUAAUAGACUGGAAGAAAAUCAAAUUGCAAUUCUUCAUUUCACUCAUAAAAUAUCAAGACAUCAAAUUCUUAGACAUCACUCUCAAUAACUAAUAGAUCCUAAUAUCAUAAUUAAAGCCACACUGAGAGUAAAUCUCAACAGAUUAAGAAAAAGAAUGUAAUUGAUCAAAUUAUAUUUCUUCAAAGACAUAUCAAAUAGUUCUUAGCUAAGAGAAGGUAAUCUUGUGAAAAUGAGAUCAAUGCCUUCUAAUAAGAAUAAGAGAAUCAUUUAGGAGGAUUUUUCGGCGAUUCAACAAUUUAAAAGCCAGUUGAGGAAAGUCUUAGUAAUAUUAGCGCUCAGCUUUUGAACUCAUUGAAAUAAUCAUUAGGUGGAAGUAAUGUAGUAAGACAUCAUAAGCCCAACGAUUAAAGCUAUCAAAAGAAUAUUUUAGAAAGUCUGAAUCUCACAACAGGCAAUACAUUUAUCAAGGAAACUAGAUAGUUCGGUUAAGGGCAAUUGAAAGAUCGAACUUAAUUCUUAGGAAAUUCUUCUGCCUUAGUGCUCUAUUCGGGGAGUACUCAUGAUAACAGAUAAAAUCCUUUUCUUAAUGCAGGAAUGAUGAAUAUGAGAAUUAGUGAUUAGAAUUUUCUAGGAAAUAAUAAUAUAGAUUCAUAGUAAUCAUAUGGAAAGCCACCUCUCUACGAGUAUGAAUAGGCUUAAAGAGACUAAAAUAUGAUGCAGUAAAUGUCUCCCUAAAACACUAGUUUACUCAAUAUGACUGAAGAAUCAAACUCUGGCAUUUUUAAGCUAACUCCAUUAGCAAGUUAAAACGUUACUCAAAAAACUGGUUAAAUUCAAGCUUAUAAUUAGACAUCUUAGAUGAAUGAGAGGACCACAGAGAGUAACAAUCUAAACUAUUCAUGCUCAGAAAUGGAUUCAGAGUGGUGCAAUAACUUCUAAAAAGACAAUGCUAUUAGUCCAAUGAGUAUUAAUACGACAUCAAGUAAAAUAAGAAAUCUAAAUGGCACUAAAUCUGGGCAAAGAAUUCCUGUUUCAGUUCACAAUAACCACAUCAACAAUAUUCAAAAUAAUAUAAUGUUCCAAAGAAGCGGAAGCGUACAAAGUGAGCAAAUUUAAGGAGUUAAUGGUGCUUGUUUUAACAAUCAGAAAUCAACUUAGAAAAUUAAAAUAGAAGAUAACAUUCAGAGUCCCUUGUCAAUAAGUUAAAUUCCAUCUACUAGGUCAGCAGCCAAUAUCAUACCAACAAAACAUGAAAAGAUGCUUAAUAUGUUGAAGAGUGAGGAUUAUGGAGCUGGAGACUAGAUUGUAGUUCAAAUUCAAGAUUCAAAAGCUGGUUUGAUGAACCCCUAGGUAUUAAAAUCUAAUACUAAACUUCAAAAUUGUUAAUUACUCUAGCAAAGAGAGCUAAGGCCUUAAUCCAUGUCCCUUGACUCGACUGAUAAUAACAUGUCUUCAGCAUAGAGUACAGGAGUAUCAUAUGAUUGGAGGCUUUUGAAACCAACUAGAGAAAGUGAUUUAUGCAAUUUACUAUCAACUCUCCUCAAUUAGACAAAUUAAUAGCCACAACCUAUAAGUUCAUAUGCUUGA